AUGGCCUCUAACUUGCACAUUCUGAUCGUCGGUGCCGGCUUUGCUGGUCUGACUGCCGCCAUUGAAUGUCGUCACCGUGGCAUGCGAGUAACUCUUUUGGAGAGUUAUCCCACAAGCCGCAACUAUGGCGACAUCUUGGAUUUCUCACCCAAUGGAGGAAGGCAUAUGGCACGAUGGGAUGGAGGCAGCGUCGCUAAAGAGCUCAUGGAAGUUUGUCUCAACGAUACCGACCAAUUCGAAUACUUCAAGUACGAUGGCACAAAGGUGCUAGAGGAACCGUUCCUGCUGAAGAAGGAGCACUACUAUGAAUUGCUCGGAGGACAUCGUGGCGAGAUGCAUGAAAUUGUCUGCAACUAUGCCACCCGAAUUGGCGUCGAUAUGCACUUUGGAGAAAAGGUAGUCGAGUACAUUGACGACGAAGAGCUGGCUGUCCUCACAGAAGCUGGUAAAAAGUACGUGGCCGACGUCGUUGUUGCUUCCGAUGGACCCAAGUCGCUGGGCCGGACUCAAAUCCUCGGCCUACCUGAGACCAAGGUCAACAGCGGGUAUGCCAUCUAUCGAGCUCAUUGUGAAAUCACGGAUGAACAUCGCAACCAUCCGUUGAUUGGGCCGUUGUGCCGCGAGAGUCCUAACUUUGCGGGCAUGUGGGUGGGCAAAGACCUACACAUGAUUAUCUACACAUGGAAGAAAGGCAAAGAUUUGGCCUGGGUUUUUACGCACAAGGAUGGAGAUGAUAUUUCAGAGUCUUGGUCUUUUCCAGGAAAUAUGGAUGAUGCCGUGGCGUAUCUAGAAGAAGCCAAGUUCGCCGACGUUUGCAAGGAAACUGUCAAGCUCACACCCAAGGACAAGAUUAUCGACUACAAGCUUGUCUGGCGUGAGCCAAUCACGACUUGGCUGGGCAAGAACAAGCGCAGCUGUGCCAUUGGUGACGCUGCUCACUGCCAUCUCCCAACCUCUGCUCAGGGCGGCUGCCAGGCUGUCGAGGAUGGCGUUGUGCUUGCUGUCUGCCUCGAAAAGGCAGCAGGGGACGUUCCUCUCGCCCUUCAAGUUUUUGAGAGGAUUCGAUUUAACCGAUCUCACGUUAUUCACAUGUCUUCUAUCACGGCUCGAGAUGACAUGCACUAUAUUGACUGGGAGUCUGACUUCAUCAACGAGCACCCCGAAGCACUCAACAUUCCUCGAAUGGCUUGGGUGCUGGACUUUGAUGCCAAGGCUGAUGCUGAGGAGCACUUUGAUCAGCUAGCGGCGGACGUGAAGAGUGGAAAGAAGGGGACUAUUCAGGAGCUUUCACUCCCAACAGGGUCGUUUGAUUACUCCGACGGCAGUCCAGUAACUUGGCCAUGGUGA